GCCAGUAGUACUCCGCUCGCUCAACAAUCUGUGAAGUGGAUUUGGGAAGCACUCGGCUCGCGAGAUAAGCAUUUCACAGAUUAAAGAAACAGAUUGUGGCGUAUCUUUCGGGAUGGGCAAUGGAAUCAACAAGGUUCUCCCUGACUUAUACUUGGGGAAUUUCAAAGAUGCAAGAGACAGAGAACAGUUAGCCAGAAACAACAUUACACACAUCCUGUCCAUUCACGACAGCGCAGCUCCCAUCCUGCAGGUGAGGACAUUUCAGCCCUCAGAUAACUGCAUGGUUUGCUUCGUCCACCAGGAGAUGACCUACCUCUGCAUUUUAGCAGCUGACCUGCCCACACAAAACCUGACUCAGCACUUCAAACAAAGCAUAAUGUUCAUGCAUGAGUCCCGUCUGAAACGAGAAGGAGUCCUUGUGCACUGUCUGGCAGGAGUGUCCCGAAGCGUCACCUUGGUGGUAGCCUACAUCAUGACCGUGACGGGACUGGGGUGGCAGGACGCCCUGGCGGCUGUGCGGGUGGCUCGGCCUUGUGCUGGCCCCAACCUGGGCUUCCAGCAGCAGCUGCAGGAGUUCGAGACUACUCAAGCUAAACAGUUCAGAGAAUGGCUACAGAAGGAAUACAAAAACAACCCCUUUAACGAUGAGGCUGAUAUACGCGACCUGCUUGCCAGGGUGCCUAAAGCCAAUAGAGAAGAGGUAGAAAAACAUGCACCUAGCACGCCUGCAGAUAUUUGAUCAGAACUCUUGAUGGGAUCAUUGGCAGCUCAGCCCAGUGGAUUGUGAGAGGCUGAAUUAAAUAUAUGGACCUGUGUAGAAGCCUACAGGGCUAUCGUCUGGAUGUUUAUCAUGCACUGAAUAAUCCACCAAACAUUAUGGACACGAAUGGAAGAAAAGUUGAUCAUAAUGUACAAUACAUGUAUAGAUUUGGAAAACUUUCUGGUAGAUAGGUUUAAUGUUUUUUUUUUCUCAUUAAUGUUUGUUUUUCACCAUGUCUCUAUAAUUUCUGUUUUUUCAAUAAAAGUUUCCAACUCAGCUGCUCUGUGAGGCUGUUGUUCGGUGGGCUGAUAAAACACACUGUGUACUCACUUUACACUGUGUUUCCUGGUUCUCUUCCUGUUUGUCUACUUGUGCAAGGAA